CAGCGGGCUAAAGACCACCGCAGGAUUUAUCAAAAAUUUUAUAUUGAAGAUCUUUUCCCUAAAAUCACGAACCGUUACCAAGAGAAACACGGAGAGGCCUUUCCUAUGUCAGGUGAGCAAAUAAUUUCAAUCAAAAAGAAAAUUUUAACUUCUAAAAAACUGAUCUGCAAUGGUUUGUCUUGCUCGAGGCACGACAACAUUGUUUAACGCCAAUUCAAUCAAUUUUAUAGACUUUGAAACUGUGUUUGCACCAAACCUCAAAUAACGAUUAUUAUUAAGCGAACAAAAUUUUGCAUUUUGUUGAUAAUAUGCACCUCACUCAGUAAGAAUGAAAUUCUCUUUUAGCACAUCGAAGGCUGGGAUGUAGAUUGGAUAGUUGUGACUGAGAGUGUUUUGCAAGGCUUUAAAGAUCCUAUUUAAAUUCUUUUUAUUUAUAGUUCAAGCAAAAGUGGACCAUUUGCAAAAGAACGUGAAUGAAAUAAUGGUGAAGCUUGAUGCAAUACUAAAACAAGUAGGAGGAGAAUUCCAACAUCGGGUAAGCAGAGUUUUUCAGGUCAUGCCGUCUAGAAAGACCUUUUUCCGAUAAACGCUGAGGAAUACGUUCCUACGCAGUGGGCCAUUACCUUAAAAGCGUUGCGCAGUAAUUAAGGAUCGAAUAUCUUUUUUCUAAUUUUACUGUAGGACCAGACAUCGAUGCAAACUUCAAGAAAUUUACAGGAGGCUGCGAUUUCCUACCAUUCGGCUGUUUGACCGGAAAUGA